UUACUAAGAAAAAUCAGACAUAUAAACAACAUGUCCCAAAUCCCACUUUUGUGUGUGUUUCUCUUUGCUUUUCUUUCUCAAUCAAUUUGUCUAAGCAAACUCACACCAAAAAACCAUGGCUCCAAAAUUAGGGGAAUGUUUGUUUUUGGAAGUUCUAUACUUGACAAUGGCAACAACAAUUUUCUUCCGAAUUCUUUAGCCAAGGUGAAUUAUUCACCUUACGGAGCCGACUUCCCUCUAGGACCUACCGGAAGGUUCACGAACGGAAAGAAUGUUAUCGAUGUAUUGGGUGAAAAACUCCGACUUCCGAAUUAUAUUCCACCUUUUAAUGAUCCUUCAACAAAUGGAAGCAAAAUCUUGCAUGGUGUUGACUUUGCUUCUGGUGGUUCUGGCAUACUUGAUGUUACUGGUUCUAUUGCAGGCAAUGUGAUCAGUUUGAAUCAACAAAUCAGAAACUUCGAAUCGGCCACUCUACCAGAUUUCGAGCUGCAGUUAGGCGAAAAAAGCACGAAAAUAAUGUCGGAUUUCUUGUUUGUCGUUGGGAGUGGAGGAAAUGACUACUCACUCAAUUAUUUUAGGGCCAACAAUAAUAUCACUCUUCAAGAUUUUACUACCAAUUUAACCACCACACUCUCUCUCCAACUCAAGAGGUUGUACGAUUUGGGUGCUCGAAAGUUCGUUCUGAUGGCGAUAAACCCGAACGGCUGUAGUCCAAUAGCUACGGCGAGUUUUCCGACACGAGACUGCGUACGAAUAUUAAACAAAGCAUUUCAUAUGUUUAAUUCGAAUUUGAAGAAUUUAGUGGAUGCAAUUAGGCCUCAAAUGCCUGGUUCUAACCUUGUGUUUGUCAAUACUUACAAAGUUAUAAGGGAUAUUAUAAAAUCUCCUAGUACUAAAGGUUUUAGAGAUGUGAAUAGUGCAUGCUGUGAAGUGGGGCCCACAGGAGUUUUGUGCAAGAGAGGAGGGCUAAUUUGUAAAAACAGAAGUGAGUAUGUGUUUUUUGAUGGACUGCAUCCAACAGAAGCUGUGAAUUAUGUGAUUGCAAAUAAGGCUUUUAAAUCCAACCUUAAAUCUGAGGUUUAUCCUUUUAAUGUUAAGAGGCUUUCUGAAAUUUAUGUUUAGAGAGAGAGAGAAAAGAUAGAGAGAGAAGAUAGCCCGCGCGCCGCCACCCCUAUGCUUUUCUCGAACAAUUACGACGUACUAUUUCAUUAAUUCCAUAAUUUAAUAUUUCGGUAAAUUAAUAGAAUUUGUAAGCUCCAACUAUAUUUGUUUAUAGGGGCAAUUUGCUAUAGGUCCUCCUAUAAGAGAUUAUAUGUGUUAAAAUCCA